UAUUUGAUAUUACACUUUGUAUUACAAGAUUUAAACCCUUAAAAUCAAAGUUAUAAUGAAUAGCUAUCUACUUAGCUUAUGUCUUCUAGGGACAUUACUUGAACUAGUAUCAAGUAGUAGUAGCGAUCUAUCGGGUGGUCUUGGAGAUCUGGCGAAGAUUUUGGCGGAACUUUCAGGCGGAAGUCAAUGCGCUUUUAAAUGUCCAAAAGGAAAGACACCAAUUUCAAAUCCAAGUCAUACACCUUCUAGCAACGGUUGUGGUUCAAUGGGAUUACAGAUAGACACAACAAACCUACCAGGUUUUACAGAAUGCUGUAAUAUCCAUGAUAAAUGCUACGACACAUGCAACAGUGAUAGAAACCAGUGUGACGAAGACUUCAAGUCUUGUUUAGAUAACGUUUGCCUCAUUGAAGGGCUCGGGAAGAAACUCAGUGAAAAAGAAUUAAAAUCAUGUGAGACUUCAUCAGAUUUGUUUUAUUCCGGCACCCUGGCAUUAGGAUGUAUGGCUUAUAAAGAAGCUCAGAGAAAUGCUUGUUUAUGUGAUGGAAGAACAAUUACAAAGAAAGAAAUGGAAGAAUUGGAAAAAAUGGAGCGUGGAGGCGAAUUAUGAAAGAUUUAUUGGAAUAUUAUAUAAUGAUAUGUUCUAUAUUUUAGUCUUUUAUUUAUUACAGUUAUAUCAUCAGUAAAAUCCUGAAUUUUUGAUUGGAAUUUAGGUUAAUAGGUUUCCUGAAUUUUUUACCAAUUGACCAAUUUUUGAUCCAAUUGGCAUUGAACAACAAUUUUGAAAAAAUUAUUCGAUUAUUUAUUGAAGCCUAAUACAAGAUUGUGAACCAACUUUUUACAUAAAUAAAAUUUUAUGUCAAUGUUUUCUUGCUAUUAUAAAAUUACUGCUAUUAUAAAAUAA